GCCAGCGAAGCCGGACAUACGGUGUCGUGGGCCCACAAAGGCGGCGAGGCGCGCCGCGGCGGCGAGAGAAGGCACAAAAUGGGGCUUUCCUCGGGUCGCGCUCUCGCGGGCGGCGUUCAACCUGGUUGGCUGGCUGCGAGUGCACUGUCCUACUUUGGACGGCGUCACGGGCCUCCGCCGCCUCGGCCAACUCCAGUCGGCUCGCUGCAGGUGCGACAACACACACACCCAGUACCAUGGACAAGGCCCAGGAAGCUGCUGCCGCCGCCGCUGGCAUGGCGCAGAUGGACUACCCGGCCAGUGAGCUGGGCUCCAUCGGCAGGGACCUCCUGCCACCACCGGCCUACCAGCGUCCGGGCUCCGACCGUCUGAAGGUGAGCGUGGUGCUAGCCAGCGCCCUGGUCGCCAUCAGCGUCGUCAUCGGCGUGGUCGUCGUGCUCGUGGUGCACCUGCGCGCACAGCAGCAGAUGCACUGCGCAUGCGCGCCCCUGCCCCAAGCCGCCGCCCUCAAGGGAAGGGCUGGUGACCUGUCGUCGGCUGCCAGUGGCAGCGUUGUCUCCAAGCUGCCCAUACCGCUCAAGCUCCAGCUGGAUCCCCUCGCUGGGCAAAUGCUGAAAAAGAACCAGCGGGCCCAGGUGAGCUGCGUGGUGGAAAAGAAGAAGGCCAGCGAGGUUAUCGCCCACGAACCCCGCACGCUCAUGACGCCGUUCGGCAAUAUGACCACCGAACCACGCAUGGUGCACCUGACGGGCGAGCGCAUGAUCUUCUCGUGCCUGACGGGGACCCGCGACGAGCCACGCGGAGCCGGCGCCAAGUCGCGUGACCCAGCGGCCGCUGCCGCACAGGGCCAAGGCAACGGCCCAAGCCGCAUGAAGCGAGGCAUCGCCGAAGAGAAGGACUGCGCCUGCAACUGCUCUUGCUGAAGGGCAGCGACAUCGAGAGGCGCUUUCGGCUUACCGCUGUAUAUCGGCGCCUACCGGACAGCGGCAUCCAGCGUGACCAAUAAAUAUCCUAUCACCCCACAAUGAGAGAUAUGCAUACGACAGGCCCAAAGAUCGAGACAUCCGCCCCAAACCAGGGAACGCAAAGACGCCAGAUCAGUGUACAAUUGUGUAUAUGUUCGGACAACCUUGGCAAUAAAACAUAUGUGCUUCGAAAUUGGAGAA